CUGAAUUUUGGAGUGUCCUUCCUAAAAGGGACGUCCAUUCCCCAAAUAUGUGGGUGUCCAGAUACCCUGGUCAGGGCUUCCUAACUCCCAAGCCCCUGAAACUUGAGCAAAUUGCACUAGAGUUGCCCGUCAACCACUUGAUAUGCACUUUUAUAUGACGUUUUCUUGUGCCUUAAGUACUACCGCUGGACCAUGUGUUCGCCAAAACAAAAAUUUGUCAACAUGGCUGAAAAAUAAACAAUAAAACAUACACGCGAUGAAAAUAUUAUCGUAUAUAUUUACCACUUAAUUGAGCAAAACUACCUUGGGAAAUAUAUUCGAAUGCGUAUACGAUGUCUCAUAAUUAUAAAGAAAGUGAUACGAAAGAAAAGAAACCGUCAAAGCGGAAAGCUCGUGUCAAAUCUCACUUUGUACAACCUGAACCUCUUCAGGAAAACCAACAUGUGACUGACGUUGUUCAAGCCAUGGCUGCUUCAAUCAGUGAUGCAGACGUAAGACGAGUUUUGUCUGUCCAAAAGAAAAGCCUGAAAAGUUUUCAAAAGACCAACGAAAGGCUCGGACAGUUCAAUGAUUUCUCGUCAUCCAAAUAUGAUGCUCUCCAACACAUGUUUAUGCAGCACACAAGACUGUUAACAGACUUGAGAAAUGAUCUUACGCAGGUGUUUUUAAGAGUAAGACAGCUCAAAGCAAAGUUACAGAUUCAGUACCCAGAUGCGUUUGAAGCUACAUUCAAUCUGCGACAGGAUUUGGAGAAUCGCCAAGAGCAGGAAACCCCUGAAAUUCCAACAUAUGUUAGUGGCGAGAAAAUGAAAGACUCAAUUGAUGUCGAGAAAGAAUGUAGCAGUACAUCUCUGUCUGAUGAAGAUAUGUUGGUGCAGUUGGAAAAACAGGAUCAUGCAGAGAGUUCUGCCACUUUAGAUAACCAUGAUGAAGUAGAAAACCAUGUCAAGGUUGAGAAUUGUACUGAGGUUGAUAAUCAUGAUGAAAUAGAGAGCCAUGCUGAAGUAGAGAAUCAUACUGAAGUCGAGAACUGUACUGCGGUUGAGAACAAUGAUGAAGUCGAGAACUGUACUGAGGUUGAUGACCAUGAUGAAAUAGAGAGCCAUGAUGAAGAAGAGAAACAUGAUGAAAUAGAGAGCCAUGCUGAAGUAGAGAAUCUUACUGAGGUCAAGAACUGUACGGAAGUUGAGAACAAUGAUGAAGUUGAGAAUCAUACUGAGUUUAAUAACCAUGAUGAAGUUGAGAAUCAUACUGAGGUUGAUAACCAUAAUGAAAUAGAGAGCCAUGAUGAAGUAGAAAAACAUGAUGAAAUAGAGAGUCAUGCUGAAGUAGAAAAUCUUACUGAGGUCAAGAACUGUACUGAGGUUGAUAACCAUAAUGAAAUAAAGAGCCAUGAUGAAGUAGAGAAUCGUACUGAGGUCAAGAACUGUACUGAGGUUGAAUACCAUGAUGAAAUAGAGAAUCAUGAUGAAGUAGAAGUAGACAAAAAUGCUGAAGGAGAAAACUGCGCGAAAGUAGAAAUCCAUGCUGAGGAGAAUGUAAGUGAUGAAAAUUGUGAUAGAAAUGAUCAUAAAAGUAUCUUGCUUGAAAAUAGACAUUUCACAUCUGUGGAUGAAGAAGUGUCGAGUGAUUGUGUUGAAUUUGUGGAAAGUGAAGAUUGUGGAAAAUCUAUUGAAACUUAUGGAAGCAUCGAGGAAGAUGAGGAGUUUGUGAUCAUCAGUAAUGAUUGAAAGAAUCUUCCAUUAAAUGUAUGUCUUGUGAUUCAGGUCUUCAUUCAGAAGCGCAAGAGGCUGUCUACAUUAUGUAUGCAGUGCUUCAGGUGGAUACAUAGAGUGCAAAAUACAUAAAUACACAUUGAUAUCUUUGAUAUAUUUAAUUAUACUACAUGAAAAUUUUGAUGAUUACGAAAUGAUUACAGCAAUACAAUACCAAGCA